CAGUGGCAUGCAUGCUCCGCCAAAUAGCUUAGAUGGCAACAAUGGCAAAAAACAUUCGAGGAAAAAUGGCGGCACAUAUAAAAAGCACCUCAUCAUUCCCCUCUUUCCUACUUUCCCAACAAAUAAGAGAUUCCUUCUUCUCUCUCCUUCUCUUCUCUUCUUCUCUUCUUCUCUUCUUGCUUAUAGCAUCGCCCGUCUUACAUCUUCAAAUUAUACAUUUUUUUUUUAAUAGUAGUUUAGUCCCUUUCCUCUAUUACAUUGCUCCCUCUAUAUAUCUAUCCCUUACAUUUUUUACUUAUACAACUUCUUACUUAUUUGUAACACCCACUUGGACUUCAAUACACAUCAUUCCUUCCCCUGUACAUUCUGACCUGCCCCUCCACAGCUCUUGGGCUGACUCUUUCUUUUAUAUAUUGCUCUUUUUCUUCUUUAUUCCCUUCAAGGUGUGUAUUUUGAUCCUUAUUGUCCUCUCUCUCCCCUCAGUACAAACGAUUGGAUUUUACCAGCAUAAAUAAAAUAAUAACGUUCUGCUCAUGACCCCUUGACCCUUGAUUUUUCUCUCCUCCUUUUCCAAUCCCUUUGUUUUCCUUUUCUGUGUAGAUCACCUUUUUUUUUCUCUCUGGGUGUUAAUUAGGAACCGAGAAGGUUUUUCUAGUCUCAUCUAACAGAAUCCUGUGUUGUGUUAAUCCUUUUAGCUUGCAGCACUUCCCCCUCUCCUCCCUGUUUCCUUAUUGUCCAAACAUCCAAUUGC